AUGACAUAUGGUUAUGGACCCACGGUGGAAUUAGCUGCCACCGCGAAUUCCCAUGUCAAUAGAGUUGAGAACCGAGCCCAGGAAGCCUCUAAUUCACGGGGGUCAAGCUCUCUUCAGAGCCCUCUGAUGGGAGGCAGUGCCGAUCAACCACAUCGUGCAACUAUUCAUGAUGCCUCAACAAGAUCCACGGACGAACUUCACGGGGACAUAAAUACCAAUAUGACAGCCCCUUCCUUUUCGCCAGUUCACUUCGACGAAGGCAAAGGACCGGUCAACGACGUCCAAACCGCAGAACACAGAGGAAUGUUUAACAAGGAUCACGGCAUCAUAACUCAGGGCCUGCCAGAGUCCUCCGCCAGUACCCCCAGGGAACAAGUCGCUGCUGACUUAGAGCAAUUUAAGAAACUCUUAAAUGAAAUGCUGCAACCAACAGAAGAUGUCACAGUCGUAAAGGCGUUUCAUCUUGGUAGCCGUACAACCGCCGCUCCAAGACCCCUGAAACUUGUCCUAGGUAGCAAUGAGCAGGCGAAACUAAUCCUUUCCAGACGUUUUCGACUGAAAAAUUCCCAUAAAGGAGUGUUUUUUUCAGCCGGACUACUCACCUGCCGAGAGAAUGAAACGCCGCGAACUUGUCCUAGAAUUGAGAACACGACAAACCAACGGAGAAAAAGACUUGACAAUCUACAACGACCGGAUAGUCAAACGACAUUCCGCCCCCCUCUGGAUCAAGCCGAUCCGAAUGACCGCACAGGUACAACGGUAGCCUGUGUCGGGGUUGAUAAAAAAUUACGCAUGAACUCGAAACUCAUAUUCAUGCAUACCAACGCGCAAAGUGUACUUUCAAAACUGGAUGAACUUCGUAUCCUUACCCAUGACCUCCACCCAGACGUUAUCUCAAUAACAGAAACAUGGCUCUCCGAACAGUUUGAUGAUAGAGAACUCAUGCUCCCUGGAUUUCAACUGUUCCGCAGAGACAGACAAAACAGGAGGGGUGGAGGCAUAGUAACAUUUAUUAAAAAUGGCUUAUACGUUUCAGAAAAAACUGCCCAAUUGACUUGCAGUACGGAAGCGUUGUGGCUGACCAUAAGGGCACCGGGCUCUCAAAGCCUCGAUAUCUUGGCAGUAUAUCGCCCUCCGAGAAAUGACCCUGACGCCGAUGCCCAACUGCUGGAGGACCUUAGGCUAUUUUCAAUGCGACCGGCUACUCUCAUCGUCGGAGAUUUUAAUGCACCUCACAGAAACUGGAGCUCGGCUUCAGCCGACUGGUCUGAAGCAGCAUUCGACCAGCAGUUACUGCGUACCUCCGACAAUCUGCUUCUAACCCAACACGUAAUGUUUCCAACGAGAGUUCGAGAGGGCCAGCAAAUGAAUUGCCUUGAUCUGGUGUUCACCAAGUCCUCUGACAAUAUCGACGUUGUGAAUUGCCUCCCCCCGUUGGGUCAGAGUGACCAUGUAGUUCUCAUGUGGGAAUACACCUUAUUCUCCCUGCCUGCACAACCGCUCGAUUCCCGACCCAAUAUCUGGCGCGGAGAUUUCGAACAGAUGAGAAGGGAUCUAAGUCCUAUCGACUGGGCAUCCACUCUAUCCGGCGAUGUCGAAGAGGUUUGGUGUCAGUUCAAAGAGUUAGUCCACAACCUCAUCUCCAACCAUUGCCCAGUCAUGCACAGAAGACUAACAAAUAGACCCCGCUGGCUGACUCCGUCCUUAAAGAAGGAGGUUAACAAGAAGAGGAAGCUGUGGAAAAGAUCCCUGACUGACCGGACGCCAGAAUCCCUAAACAGUUAUAAGUCUCAGAGAAAUCGGGUCAAAGUUCUCAUCGCUAGAUAUCGAAAAGCCUUUGAAAAUGAUCUUCUCAACCGUGCCAGGGUUAAUCCCAAAGUCCUCUACAGCUACAUAAGACAGAGCACGCGGAACAAAGACCCCAUCCCACUGCUGUGAACAGCCGAGGGAAUAGAAAUCUCCGAUGACAAGGAUAAGGCUGAACACCUCUCUCAGUUUUUCCGGUCCGCCGUGACAAGUGCACCUGAUUUUCUCUCCCCCAUUUGUGAAGACGAAGAAAAGCCCACGCUUGAAGCCGUAUUCUUCACCGAAGCAAUUGUUCGGAACGAGUUACUUAAUCUGAAAGAAUGGACCUCCCCAGGCCCUGACGCAAUCCCCGCCAAGCUGCUGAAGGAGCUAGCUCCCGAAAUGUCCAAGCCAUUAGCCUUGAUCUUCCAAACAUCAUUUCUUACUGGAUGCCUACCCUCUGACUGGAAGUCCGCUACCAUCACUGCGCUUUUUAAGAGCGGAAGUCGUGCGUCUGCGAAUAACUACAGGCUAGUGAGACUUACCUCCAUCUGUUGCAAAAUCAUGGAGAAGAUCAUAAAGAAGGCCUUGAUGCAGUUCCUCGAGCAGCACCACCUCCUCUCGGAUGCAAAACACGGCUUUCGAAGUGGUAGGUCCUGCCUCACGAAUCUGCUCUUUACGCUCGAACGCUAGACCAAAGCACGCGAUGAAGGUAGUGUGGUGCACGCCAUCUACAUCGAUUUCAAAAAGGCCUUCGACAGCGUUCCCCACCAACGUCUCUUGCACAAACUGCGCAACGCUGGAAUUCGUGGACGCCUUCUUGUAUGGAUCCAGAGCUUUUUGGCUGGACGGUCCCAAAGAGUGCAGGUCGGGCGUCAACAGUCCUCAGAGGUAAGCGUGGUGAGUGGCGUCCCACAGGGCUCAGUCCUAGGUCCCACGUUAUUCCUCGUUUUCAUAAAUGACUGCAUCAAGGACUUAGACUGUGAUACCAUCCUGUUUGCCGACGACAUUAAACUGUGGAAAGUUAUUCACAAUGCGGCAGACGCAGACCACCUGCAAGCAAACGUGAACAGACUCGAAGGCUGGUCGAAGCGCUGGCUUAUGCCCUUCAAUAUAAGCAAGUGCAACUUUCUUCAACUAGGCAGCUUCAGAGCCUCCAGCCCCAGGACUUACUUUCUAGAGGGCACACCACUGCAACAGGUUGACAGUCAGAAGGACUUGGGUGUAUGGAUUACAUCUUCACUCAAACCAACACUGCACUGCGCGAAGGCGGCUAAAUCGGCUAUGGCUACACUGCAACUCAUUAAGCGAGCAUUUAUGGGAUUAGAUCCAGACAGCUUUUCAAAAAUAUUUGGCACCUACGUGAGGCCUCAUCUAGAAUACGCCAUACAGGCGUGGAGACCUUGGGCUGCCAAGGUCUAUACCGUUUUGGAGAAGGUCCAGAGACGGGCGACCAAAAUGACACAAGGUCUGGGAGCGCUGUCUUACGAAUCUCAACUGUCAACUCUCAACCUGUUUCCACUUUCCUACAGGCAAUUACGUGGUGACCUUCUACUUGCAUUUCGCAUUAUCAACGGCCUAGACUGUUGUUUAGAUCCCACUGAUUAUUUCACACAAGCUAACACGCCCAAUUUGCGUGGUCAUCCCCUAAAACUACGCGCCGGGAAAGCAAGAAUCAAUGGGAGAAAGUUCUUUUUCAGUCACAGAGUGGUUGCAGCGUGGAAUGCCCUGCCCACCGAUGUUGCAACCUCCUCCUGUGUGAAUUCCUUUAAGUUUAGACUUGACGCGCAUCAAGCCUCCCAGUUACCAGCCUUGCAUCCACUCACAUAA